AUGGAAACUCAGAUCCUUAAUCCUUGCUGUGAUUUUGAAUUUCCACUGAUGAAGUGCUCGCAAUCUCGCCGAUUUCUCGUAGCCAAUGGCAUUAAUCAAUUUCAAAAUUCCGAUAUAGAGAUGACUCCGGUUCAAAAUUCAAGCUACACCAGCCUGAAAGACAUACUUUCGGCAUCGCCGACUUCGAUCGGAUCUCCUGUGACAAUUCGGAUGGACAGCUGGAAGGAGAUUCCGAUCAAGGAUCCUUUAGUGCAGCAUGCGGCGUGGGCGUACCUGCAGCCUAUGGUGGAGCUUGAAGACGAUGACGGGAGAUUUUUCGUGAGGAAAAUGAUGGACAAGUGUCGUGGAUUGGUUGGGUGCUUUAACGACGUCGUUUGGUGGUGGUUAAGAGCUUAUUUUCCGAGCAGCAGCAGACCCAGGGUACAAGACAAAUCAGGGUAA